GCUUCAUAGUGCAAAUUGUUAUCAUUUUUGCAUUUCUGCUCAUAAAUAUCGCCCCAAAGAUUCCCAUUGUUGCCCACAGCAUCUCGGACUCUUUAGCCCUCCUCUUUCCACCUGCCUGUCCACUGUUGUCGACAAAUCAAGGCAACAUGGACGCCUUUUCUUCCUCCUUUCUCUCCACCUUACUACCGUCAAAACUGAUCUACCCCGCCGUCACCACAGCCAGAUCGAUUUCCACACCUCACCUCAACGUUUCCUCUGUUAGGAUUGAAGAAAGACCUCCAGCUUCCAUUCCUAGGACCACCACCACCACCACAACAAAAGCGCCACCCCAACCUCCUAUAACUCAACCUCCACCACCGGCGUCAAACACACUGCCCAAAAGAAUUGCUUCUCCUUCGCUUGGAGCAAAGAAGAGAGUAGAACCAAAGUUAUCCACAUUCAUCUUCAAUACAUUCGACAACAUCAUAAACAACUUCAUAGACCCUCCAAUCCGCCCCUCAGUCGACCCCAGACACGUGCUGUCCCACAACUUUGCUCCGGUUGAUGAGCUUCCUCCAACAGAGUGCGAAGUUAUUCAAGGAUCUCUCCCAUCUUGCCUCGACGGUGCGUACAUACGUAACGGCCCCAACCCUCAGUACCUCCCUCGUGGACCUUACCACCUCUUUGAUGGUGAUGGUAUGCUUCACUCCAUCAGAAUCUCCAAGGGCCAGGCCACUCUUUGUAGCCGCUAUGUAAAGACUUACAAGUACUCGAUUGAAAACGAGAUGGGGUCUCCAAUUCUUCCCAAUGUUUUCUCUGGCUUUAACGGCCUAACUGCCGCUGCAACUCGCGGUGCUCUCUCAGCUGUCAGAGUUCUAACUGGUGAGUUCAAUCCUGCAAACGGUAUUGGUCUUGCAAACACUAGUUUGGCCUUGUUCGGAAACCGUCUCUACGCUCUUGGUGAGUCUGAUCUACCCUAUUCCAUACGCUUGACUCCCAACGGGGAUAUAGAAACGUUGGGUCGCCAUGAUUUUGAUGGAAAGCUGUUCAUGAGCAUGACUGCUCACCCCAAGAUAGACACUGACACUGGCGAGGCCUUUGGUUUCCGAUAUGGCCCUAUGCCUCCAUUUCUAACUUAUUUUUACUUUGAUGCGAAUGGAAACAAACAGCCAGAUGUGCCCAUAUUGUCUAUGUACCGGCCAUCUUUUCUCCACGACUUUGCUAUUACAAAGAAGUACGCAAUAUUUGCUGACAUACAGAUAGGAAUGAAUCCCAUGGAGAUGAUUUUUGGAGGGGGAUCUCCGGUGGGUACAGACCCAGCUAAAGUACCAAGGAUCGGAGUCAUCCCUCGAUAUGCAAAAGACGAGUCAGAAAUAAGGUGGUUUGAUAUACCAGGUUUCAACCUCAUUCACGCCAUCAAUGCAUGGGAUGAAGAUGAUGGCAACGCCGUAGUCAUGCUGGCACCAAACAUACUGUCAGUAGAACACACCAUGGAGAGAAUGGACCUUGUUCAUGCCUUGGUGGAGAAAGUAAGGAUCGACUUAAGAAGAGGGCUAGUAACAAGGCAUCCCAUUUCAACAAGAAAUCUGGAUUUCGCAGUGUUAAAUCCAGCUUAUUUAGCAAAGAAGAACAAAUAUGUGUACGCAGCAGUGGGUGACCCAAUGCCAAAAAUAUCAGGAGUGGUAAAGUUGGAUGUGUCCAGGGGGGAUCGCCAGGAGUGCACAGUGGCUAGCAGGAUGUAUGGGCCAGGGUGCUUUGGUGGGGAACCAUUCUUUGUGGCCAAGGAUCCAGAGAAUCCCGAAGCAGACGAGGACGAUGGCUAUGUGGUUUCGUAUGUUCACAAUGAAAACACAGGAGAGUCAAGGUUCUUGGUGAUGGACGCAAAGUCACCUAAUCUUGAUAUCGUGGCCGCCGUGAAGCUGCCCCGGAGGGUACCGUACGGUUUCCAUGGACUCUUUGUGAGGGAAAGUGACCUAAAUAAGCUGUAAAAAUCAAAGGAUAACAGGACAAAAUCAUCUUCUUUUUCUCAGGGGUGAUCUUUUUCCCUCUGAUUGAAUAUAUUAUAAAUUUUCAAAAAAAAAAAAAAGAGCUGUAAAAUGUAGAAUCUUUCCCCUCAGCGUGGCGUGGAUCGUACAUUAACAUGUCGCAACAGAUAUAGUAUAAUCUACAUACCAUAGCACACAAGUUGAUUUGUAUCUAUAUAUCAAAGACACUUACCAUUUUCUUCA